CAAUAUUUAAAAUUCAACAUAAAACAUUCAGAUAGUUGAACCUGACAGACAGAAAUCACAGAAACAACAACAAUGCUAUCCAAAAGAUUAUUCGACACAGAUUGUGACUUUGAUUCCAUCUCAGCCUCUGUAUCAACUCUGAGUUUUGAUUCUACUCCAGUAAAGGCUAAUGACAUUAUGUCUGUGAUGACUCCAAACAUCAAACGAAGUCGGUUUCCUGAUGAUGACGAGGAUUCUGGUCUCGGUAUGGAUGAUCAUAUUACUUUAACACCAAGCUUGACGAAAUCUGCAAAGAGACAGCGUACAGAAAAUGACAAUUCAACAUGUUCAAAAAGACCAAAACUUUGUACCGAUAUAAAAGAUGUGGUAACAAAACUUGAGGAGAACGACGACUUCAUUGCCGAUGGUAGUAGAUUACAUACUUUACCAACUAUUACUGGAAAGCAUUCUGAUUUGAAAAGCAUCACUCCACAGACACUUGCUGAUGUUGUUAACGGGGAAUACGAUGACGUCAUCAGUGACUACAAGAUCAUCGACUGCCGAUAUCCGUAUGAAUUUGAAGGAGGGCAUGUCAGAGGAGCAGAAAAUAUGUAUUUGCACGAGACCAUUUUAACUCUGCUUCAGCAACCAACCAAAGAUAAACAGAUCAUCAUCUUCCACUGUGAGUUUUCGUCCGAAAGAGGUCCAAAAAUGUUACGAUUCCUGAGAAGCAAAGACAGAGAACUGAAUAAAGAAAACUAUCCAUCACUGAACUUUCCUGAAGUUUAUUUACUAGAUAGUGGUUACAAGGCAUUCUUCAACGAACAAGCAGAUCUCUGUGAUCCAGUCAGCUAUCGACCAAUGCUUCAUUCUGACCACUCAGAAGAUUUGCGCCAUUUCCGUGUCAAGUCAAAAUCAUGGACAGCUGGAGAAAAACGAAGAUAUGCCAGGAAAGCUAUGAGAUUUUAGAACUGUGAUAAACUGGUGAAUUAGAAAUAGUGCUAUGAAUAAUCUGUGAUACAAUACUGUCUGUGCUUUGUUUUAUUUAAACCGUGUUUUAUGGUUCUUG